AUGAGAGAGACCGACAACGAUGAUGAGAUGGCUGUGAACCUCAUCUUCAUCAACAGCCCAGCCAAGAGGGUUGUGCAUCGUCCUUCGCGCCAAGUCUACGGGCUGGUCUCCUCUUCGACUCCCCGCUGGACCCCCGCUACCGGCGCCGUCGCCAAAGCCGCGCUGAGGACGUGCACCACCUCAUUAGUAACAACGAGCGAAACAUGA